AUGAGCGUUGCUGGGAAGUACAAGAAGGCGGCGAAAUGGGUGGCGCCGAAGAAAGAGAAUGGCAAACCCGUAUUCCCGGAAGGAAUCGUGAUGGGCGGGAUGACAGCCGACGGCGAGACGCUCUACGUGGCCAGGGCCGAGCACAAUGGCGACCUCCUGCCCGGCAAGCUCCACCCGUCCCACUUCGUCUGCUAUGUCGCGUAUAACGGGAAGGAGCAUCCCAAGGAAACCUAUCAGGUGCUGGUGAAUCCCGCCAAGAGCAACCUGGACUGGGUGGCGGCCUCCGGGGGGUCGGUCCCGGCGGGAGCUCUGCAAGGAGGACGCACGGCCGAGGGGGAGGCGCUCUUCAUCGGCAGGUGCAAGCACGGGGAUGAUCUCGUCUGCGGGAAGGUGCACCCGAGCCACGGGGUGUGUUACAUCUCGUACGCUGGAAAAGAGCAUCAUUACCAGGACUACGAAGUCCUCGUGGUGAAGACCGUCGACCUCAAGUGAUCUCGACGAUCCAUUCGUUCGCGUCAUCUAUACAUACUCGCUUUGGUAUUCAUAUGCUGAUGGGGUUGGUGUCGUCUUGUUGCUACGAGUGGCGAUUCCUCCAUUCCGAAGGUGGAUGGUCAUCGAAAGUGUGGAAUCCUCACUUGGUGUCAUUGUAUCCCGAGCUUGUGUUGCCUGUACUGGACAGAUGAUCAUACUUUCUGUAUUCGUUCCAUGUCGUUAUAAUUAAUACCGGAG